AUGAGAGACAAAGAUCUCUUCGAUAAUGAUGAUUCAUUUUCUUUGUUCAUUGUAGUUAUUCCCAUCGAUGCUCGAUGGUUACAAAAUGGAAAGACCGUUGCUGGAGGUAAUGGACGAGGCGAUGCCACAAAUCAACUCUACUGGCCUCAUGGUCUCUUCGUUGAUGAUGAUCAAACAAUGAUCAUUGCUGACUACGGGAAUAAUCGUAUCGUCCAAUGGAAGAUGGGUGAUACGAAUGGACAAGUUGUAGCUGGUGGCAAAGGCCAAGGAAAUCGAUUAGAUCAAUGGGAUCGUCCAACCGAUGUGAUAAUCGACAAAGACACUGAUAGUCUCAUUAUCUGCGAUUGGGGAAAUCAACGAGUUGUACGAUGGUCUCGUCGUAGUGGCACAACUCAAGGAGAAAUCCUUAUCAACGACAUCGAUUGUUAUGGAUUGUUCAUGGAUGAUCAGAGAUAUCUCUACGUCUCUGACUGCAAAAAAGAUGAAGUAAGACGAUAUCAAAUAGGAGACAAGAAUGGAACUAUCGUAGCUGGUGGAAAUGGCAAAGGUGCUUAUCUCAAUCAACUCAACUCUCCGACUUACAUCUUUGUCGAUCAACAACAGACUGUCUACGUGUCAGACAACAACAAUCAUCGUGUAAUGAAAUGGAAUAAAGGUGCAAAAGAAGGCAUUGUCGUCGCUGGAGGUCAAGGCGGCGGGAAUUCUCUGACACAAUUGUAUUAUCCUAAUGGACUCUUCAUCGAUACGUUGAGUACCAUCUAUGUGGCAGAUUCUUGGAAUCAUCGAGUAAUGCGUUGGCCUAAAGGAGCAAAACAGGAUACUGUCAUUGUGGGUGGAAAUGGUGAAGGAGCAAAUCAGUUCAAUUUGCCUAUUGGUUUGUCCUUCGAUCGACAUGGUAAUCUCUAUGUCGUCGAUCAUUACAAUUGUCGUGUUCAAUUUUUUUCAAUUCAAUAA